AUGCCCACCACCUCAUUACCAUCCAGCAUUAUAUUUGACAAAUCAGCCACAACUGAUGUAUCUACAGUAACACCAUCAUUAUCCAAUCUACGUUUGGCCACAGAAGUAUACAACUAUGCCAACAGUGGUGGUGGAUCAGUCCAAACAGUUGGAUUAUCAUCAUCAUCUGCUGCAUCUUCAUCACCAGACUCGUCUGAUUCUAAAUCUUCAUCACAAGUCACUGGAUUAGUUUACGCUAGUGAAUCGUCUGAUUUGGAACAUGCUACUGGAUCUUUUGCUGCUAGUUCCGAUGUCAAGACUUUGAGCAUAUCAUCAUCAUCAGAUGCAGCAGCAAGUACCAGUAGUGGAUCAAAAUCAAGUAGUGGUGGCUCACUUGACUCGUCAGAAAACGGUGCCAGUGAAGUUGUUGGAUCAACAAAAGGCGCCAAGUAUUUGCUUGUGUUUUCGUUGUUUACUGUUGCUUCAAUGGCUGUUUCACUAUAA